UUUCUUCCUCGACGAGAACUUGAUUGACCUUUAACCCCUGACCCCAAGGCACCAGGAGGAUACUGGGAUUACUUCGAGGGAGGAACAUGGAGGCCCUAACGGUACCACCUUUGCCCCCUAUGCCACCGAUGGGGAGGAAGAGGAUCACAACAAGGGGCGGGGUCCCGCAAUUGACCACCAAAAGCUCGACAGAUCUACUCCCGAUCGAAAUGCGACUGGGGACAAGUAAAGAUGCUCAACCGGCGGCUAUCGUCAAACAGCGCCAAGUCCUACGCCUGGAGGUGCCCGGUGAACCGACCCGCAGGAAAUCGUCCACGGACAUAGAACACCAGCGACGGGCUGCAGAACUGCACUUCGAAUCAACGUCUCUGGUGGAGGGCGGUAUUUACAUCAGAUGUACGUUGAAUGACAUGGAGACGUUUGCCCAACUGAGUACAUCCGUUUUAAAAAGCGGGGUCCCCACGGAAAAGGCUAAACUACACGGGGUAUCUCGAAGCUUACAAACGAACAGCAACGGUAGACAAACAGCAGCCUUGCGUCUCGGGCCAAUGCUCCUCCAAACACCGUUCGAAAUUACUGAAAAUACCGAUGCAAAAGCUUUGCCUAUUAUUGGAAUAGAUGUCUUAAGGAGAUGCAGGUGUGUGAUCGACUUGGACCGGUCCAUUUUAAGAGUGGGUGGAGCUCUCGGCGGAUCCAUUCCCCUCCUUUCAGAAGAUGAUGUUUUCCACGAUUCCAGAUUGGUACGGUCCAUGUCAUCAUUGAUCUGACGUACAAGACGGACGCGUCGGACGAUACCAUCUUGUCAAAUGGGGGU